AUGAGACUGCAUCACUCUGCGUUCAUUGGCUGUUCUAGUAACGCGCAAAGGCAUGGAGGAGGAGGGGCUUUAAUAGAUGUAUUAACGUCGGACCCAAAAAGAAAACCGGGCAAAGAUUUUCUUUUGAUUGUAGAAGGUUCCCGUUUUGAGCGAUGUAGACAGGCGCUGAAGACUACUGACAUGACUGGGGGCUCAUUGAGUGUUUUAGCAAAUGCAACCCAAAUAGAAAUUGUUAUAAAUAACAGCGAUUUUAUUUCCAAUCAUAGAGGUGCUGUUGCUGUCUAUUCCCCACAAAAUUUGACAAAAAGAGUCUGCAAUGUUAUAGUUGAUAACUCUGUCUUCUUACACAAUAAUGGAACACCUAUCGUCACAUUUAUUCUCAAAGAAAGCAAUAUCGCUUUUGAAAACGUUACCAUAGAGUCUAAUAGCGGAGGAUACUAUGGAGGUGCUUUUAUCGGUUUUAAUGCAACUCUUAGCAUACUCGGAUGUCGAUUCUUAAAAAAUAGAGGCUCUUAUGGCAGAGCGCUAGCAAUGGUCUUGAGUAAACUGAGAGUGUUUGAUUCCGUUUUUGACGGCAAUCAUGUCCGGAUCGACUAUUUGGGUCCACUUAAAAAGGGAAUGGGAUUUGGAGGCGCCAUGAAUAUCUUCGGUAAACAAGGACAGUCCUUAUCUAUUGAAAUAUAUAACGCUGCAUUCAAGAAUUGUUCUGCUAGUGUAGAAGGAGGUGCUAUUUCCAUAAAAGCCACAGAUUCCGCGUAUGUCAACGUUAAAAUCAAAGGAUCUAAAUUCGCACAGAACUCGGUUUUUGCGCAGAAUGAAAAUAGCUACGGAGGAGCAGUGAUCAUCUUUGUAGGAACAGACACCGAGGUUGAUCCACAAUGUUUCCCACUAGAUAUAUUUUGGUCAUGCAAGUCUCGUGGUAACAGGAACUUUCGCUUAUGGGAUUACAGAAGUUAUUUUCUUUUUGAAAAUACAACGUUUGUGAGAAAUGCUGCAGUUAUGGGUGGCGCAAUAUAUUUGAAAUACGGAAACGCAACAUUUCGAAAUUGCUCCUUUAGUGACAAUUUCGCAGCAAACCUUGGCGGUCACAUAUACAUUGGAACUGGUUCAUCCAGCCUUCAUUUGCAAAGCACUGUUUUCAAUCAAACUAUUAACCAGUUGCAGCUAGCGGGAGAAAGGUACACCAUAGGGUCUUUUCUUCACUCUGAAACUUCAGGAGCACUUGUUAUUCACAACACCACAAUGGACGCUAAGCGAAUGUAUGACAGCAUCAUAACUAGUUAUCUCUUGCUGGUUCAGAAUGUUGGAUUGAUAGAUCUUGGAGACAAUAAUUUGACAAGGUUUUAUUGUCCACUUGGUAUGAAGAUGGAUAUUACUGAUUUUACAACUUGUGAAGUACAAACGAUAAAUGACACAUGCAGUAUCGCAGUAGACAUUCGCUCUCUACGAUAUUACUGUUUGACAUGUCCACAGGGAAAGUAUAGUCUGAAUCGGGGAGGUGCCUUUGGAAACGAGUUAAUACCAGGAUUUCAGUGUCUACCGUGCCCGUUUGGAGCAAACUGUUCUGAAAAUAUAAUCGCCAAAAAUAACUUUUGGGGCUUUGGAGAACAGGAUACCACUUCAACGCUACAAUUUACCUUGUGUCCGUUGGGUUACUGUCGCUCACCUGAUAUAAACGAUUACCCUGAAUAUAAUGGUUGUCAGGGUUACCGUUCUGGUAAAUUAUGCGGACAGUGUAGUGACGCCUACUCGGAGACACUUUACUCCACACACUGCAGACCUUCACAAGAGUGUAACGAUUACUGGUUUUGGCCUGUCUCGUUACUAUAUGUAUUGGUUAUGGCACUGUAUUUUACAUUUACGCCUCCUUUUGGGGCCUGGACAACGCGCCAAAUAUUCUGGUUUAAAAAAGAUGAAAUAGAGAACGAAGAAAGAAACUUUUCAAGAGGUUAUCUUAAGAUUGUCUUCUACCUCUACCAGGCGGCGGACAUUUUGCUGGUCUCCAACUCCUCACAACAAAUCUUCAAAACUAAAUUUGUCGAGCCUUUGAUUGGGAUGUUUAACUUUCAGCAAAAAUUUUCAUUGGGUGAAUUAGUUUGUCCCUUUCCUGGCCUCACCGUGGUAACUAAGCAGUUACUUUGUGCGUCUCAGGUGAUUGGCACAUAUUUGAUGAUUGGCAUUAUUUACAUUGUUCACUGGGGAAUUCAGAAGUUUCGAGGUCAAGGAGCCCCAUUCGUUGGUCCUUAUAUUGGCGGUAUUCUACAAACCAUAUUGCUAGGAUACGCAACUCUUGUUUCUGUGAGUUUUGACCUGCUACGAUGCGUUCCCAUUGGUUCAGAGAAGCGAUUGUUUUAUGAUGGAAACGUGGAGUGUUUUCAGUGGUGGCAGUACAUUUUGAUUGUUUUUAUCGCGAUGUCAUUUGCACCUUUCGUGUUUGUCCUGCUUUGGGGACCAAUUAAGUUGUUCCGAGGAUCCAUUUCUGCUGGAAAGUUCCUCCUUGCCUGUUGUUUUCCUUUACCUUAUUUACUAUACUGGGUGUUUUUUUUUUACCGAGAGAAAUGA